CCAAUGGAAUGGAAGGGAUGACCUGGAUACCAGCACAGAGCAGAGCUGUGGACCAUAUAGACCAGUGGAAUAGAAGGGAUGACCUGGAAAUAGACUCACACAGCUAUAGCCACCUAAGUUUUCUUCAAACCAUUUAGAAUUGUAUUUAUUUCUUUGUUCAGGGUGUAUGUGUGCACCUAUGUGAUGUGGUCAGAGGACAGCUUGGCAGGGUCCGUUCUCUCCUUCACCAGGUUGUCAGGCUUGUUGGUGAGCGCCUUUAACCGAGGAGCCAUUUCACCGGCCCCAGCCACCCCGAUGGUCAAGAGAGGUGUCAAAAGCAUACGCUGGAAAAAAAGACAGCCUCUUUAACAAAUGGUCCUGGGAAAACUGGAUUUCCACCUGUGAACAAUGAAACUAGACCCCUACUUUUGACCUUGCACAACUCAGAAUGGACAAAGGAUCCUACAGAAGAUCUGAACCUUAGAACCUGCACAGUAGAAAAGAGUCAAGACUUUCUGUACCUUUUGAAAGGGACUCCAGGAACACAGGAAAUAAUUCCUGGAGUUGGUACAUGGAAUUCUGUGAAGUUAAAAAGAUUAUGUAUUGUAAAGAAAACAGUCGCCAUACUGAAGAGAUAGCCUACAGAAUGGGGGAAAAAAAAAACUUUGCUAAUUCUACACCUGACUGGAGAUUAAUAUCUCAAGUAUAUAAAGAAUUGUAAACAUUAAAAUAUUAUUCAGUUAAUAGGCCAGUCAGCUAAAUAUAUAGCUCGCAUAAGAAAUAUAAAUGACUAGUAAAUAUUUGAAGAGGUAUUCAACACCCUUAGCUGCCGAGACAAUUAGAGCUGCUAUGAGAGUCCAUUUCACCCAAGUCGGAGUGGCUGUCAUCAGAAAACAAACAAAAAAUUCUAACAAGGAUAUGAAGAAGUCAACAAAAGGUUCCGUUGUCCUUGACCAUGUUUUCCGUCACAUAAACCUUGUGGAGAUAGAUUAUUUUGGGCUGCGAUACUGUGACAGAAGCCAUCAGACAUACUGGCUGGAUCCAGCAAAAACUCUCGCGGAACACAAGGAGCUGAUCAACACUGGACCUCCAUAUACUUUGUAUUUUGGUAUUAAGUUCUAUGCUGAAGAUCCCUGUAAACUCAAAGAAGAAAUAACCAGAUAUCAGUUUUUCUUACAGGUGAAGCAAGAUGCCCUUCAGGGCCGGCUGCCCUGUCCUGUCAACAUUGCUGCUCAGCUGGGAGCAUAUGCCAUCCAAGCCGAACUUGGAGAUCACGAUCCAUGUAAGCAUACUGCAGGGUAUGUGUCGGAGUACCGGUUCGUUCCUGACCAGAAGGAAGAGCUGGAAGAAGCCAUCGAAAGGAUCCAUAAGACUCUAAUGGGUCAGGCUCCUUCGGAAGCUGAGCUGAAUUACUUGAGGACUGCCAAAUCCCUGGAGAUGUAUGGUGUUGACCUCCAUCCGGUCUAUGGAGAAAAUAAGUCUGAGUAUUUCUUAGGACUAACUCCAGUGGGUGUCGUUGUCUAUAAGAAUAAAAAGCAAGUGGGGAAGUAUUUCUGGCCCCGGAUUACAAAGGUGCACUUCAAGGAAACCCAGUUCGAGCUCAGAGUCCUGGGAAAAGAUUGUAACGAAACCUCGUUCUUUUUUGAAGCUCGAAGCAAAACUGCUUGCCGGCAUCUCUGGAAGUGCAGCGUAGAGCAUCAUACGUUUUUCAGAAUGCCAGAAACAGAGUCAAAUUCAUUGUCAAGAAAACUCAGCAAGUUUGGGUCCAUAAGUUACAAGCAUCGGUACAGUGGCAGGACAGCUUUGCAAAUGAGCCGAGAUCUUUCUAUCCAGCUUCCCCGGCCCAAUCAGAACGUGGCAAGAAGUCGAAGCAAGACGUACCCCAAGAGGGUAGCACAAACUCAGCCAGCUGGAACAAACAACAUAAAUCGGAUAACUGCAAACACGGACAAUGGGGAGACUGAAGGAACAACUAAAAUUAUCGCACCUUCACCAGUGAAAAGUUUUAAGAAAGCAAAGAGUGAGAACAGCCCUGAUCCCCAAAGAAGCAAAUCUCAUGCGCCGUGGGAAGAAAACGGACCCCAGAGCGGCCUCUACAACUCGCCCAGUGACCGAACUAGGUCACCAAAGUUUCCCUGUACCCGCCAGCGUAACCUCUCCUGCGGCAGUGAUAACGACUCGGCACAGCCAAUGAGGCGGAGGAAAGCUCAUAACAGUGGUGAAGACUCAGAUCUAAAGCAGAGGAGGAGGUCCCGCUCCCGCUGUAACACAAGCAGUGGCAGUGAGUCAGAAAAUUCUAACCGCGAGCACCGGAAAAAGAGAAACAGAAUACGGCAGGAGAAUGACAUGGUUGACUCAACGCCUCAGUGGGAAGCUGUAUUAAGGAGACAGAAGGAAAAAAACCAAGCGGAUCCUAACAACAGGCGAUCCAGACACAGAUCUCGCUCAAGAAGUCCGGAUGUCCAAGCGAAAGAGGAGCUGUGGAAGCAUAUUCAGAAGGAACUUGUGGAUCCAUCUGGACUGUCGGAAGAGCAGCUGAAAGAGAUCCCGUACACUAAAGUAGAGACUCAGGGCGACCCCGUCCGCAUCAGGCACUCGCAUUCUCCGAGGAGUUACAGGCAGUACCGCAGAUCCCAGUGUUCGGAUGGAGAGCGGUCUGUUCUCUCGGAAGUGAACUCAAAAACGGAUCUUGUACCACCACUUCCGGUGACCCGUUCCUCAGAUGCUCAGGGGUCUGGUGGUUCCACAGUUCAUCAGAGAAGAAAUGGGUCUAAAGACAGCUUGAUUGAAGAAAAACCUCAGUUAUCUACAAUCAAUCUGGCUGGAAAACACACAGUAAAAACAAUAAAAACUAUCCAGGCUGCCCGCCUCAAGACCGAGACUUGACCCGGAGUGGAAAUGCUGUGUGCCCCUGCUCCUUUCGAAACUGUGAAUUAGAUACUACCCACAUAUCUCGGACAUGUCUUUAGCACAAGAAAAUAAGCAUUUAAGGUUUAUGUACAGCAUUCUUGUGCUGUGGGGCCUUUUGACUGGAAGGACCUUAUGAACUCACUGGAUGUCAGUCUUUCCCGAAACCCCUCCGACUCCGUGCACCUCAUCUCCAGCACAGCCAGGACCAGAUGGCUCUGAAGGAAGUCCCUGGACUCCUGGCCUGCAGACUGUCCUGACUUUUAUCCCCAUAAAGCUGUUUGUAAUAUUGUAUUUUGUGGCAUUAAGUCCCAAUUGUUAUUUACAAAUUGUAAAAAGCCCUUAAGUGUUGAUUUAAGUGUUGUCUUGUGUUUUCUGAGAGAAAAAAAAGCCUGUUUGGACUGUCACCCCUCCCCCAUGUGCCCAAGUUCUGGACCUUUUCCCUGUGCAAGGUGACUUUAAAUCGGGACAAUAAGAACCUUCUGUAUCACCACUGUCAGCUGUAACCCAUCUUUUCCCGUGGCAGGCCGUCUCCAGCCUCCUUGAAAUUGUUCCCUCCUUACUGUCUCACCCUCCAUCCGGCUUAGGAGCCUGUCGACUUGUCCCCUCUAGCCAUUCAGUUUUAUUACAGCCCAGUAAGUCAACUUUGCCCCAACAAUGCCUCCAGCUAUUCCUUUGAGGACAUCUUCAGCACCCUAAUGUUCACUAAAACCCCUCUCAACUGGGGUAGACAGCUCAGUGAUACAGUGCUCUCUCAACUCAACUGUGGCCUUUAUUUACACAGAAGCAAGCCAAACCCAAGGGCUCCCUCCAUUCUGUGUCUGCAGUCUCAUGUCUCAUCCCCCCACACCCUGCUGUAAUUCUAGUCUGCUUCUACAGGACAUCCUUUGCAGCUCACCUCACUGGCCCACCUCCCUGGAACUACCCUCUCCCGUUAUUCCUGAUCUUGCUUUAAUAAAACCCAAGCCUUAGCGGU